AUGAAGUCGGACUCCAACUCGCAAACCUUGGUCCCCUCAGGGGACGAUGAGCCUCAGCCUGGACAUGGAACUCGCUUAAAUGUCACCAAAGAUGAAAUCCUUGAAGUCGUCAACAUGCACAAGCGCUUCUGCAUGCCUUCCGUUGCACCGGGGGUUGAGGUCACUGACCUGCCGAACUUGGACGACAUCACGCCUUAUGAAGUGAGCGAGGAGAUCCAGGAACGGCUCUGGGCUUCCGAGGUCAUUCGACUCCGCGAUGUUGUCACCAGCAUUACGCCGUUGGAGUUCAAGGGAAGCGAGGCUCUGGCUGUUGACUCAAAAAGGUCGUACGAGAUGCUCGCCGAUAUGGCCGACCAUAUCUGGCAAGCCGUCAACAUUGCCAUAUACGACGGCGAGAGCAUUCUCGCGCUGCACAUCAAGGAUCUGUGCAAGGUUGACUUCUUGAAGAGCAGCCGAGUUGUUCUUGACUAUCUAUGUGACAAGGAGGAAGAGGACGAUACCGUGGAUGAUUCCGGCGAGACCAAGUUGCGCUGCAGCCGCGAAGAUUCCUUCGACUUUGUCAACUAUUGCACUGCCGUACUAGCUCGAGUACUGUGCGCUGCAGCCGAUGGGAAGUCUUUUCACCUCCACAUUCUUGCCAACUUGGCCAAGAUAUCCGCCAAAGUAAAGAUUGUGUCAACAAGGCUGCAGGAAUGCGCUCAGAUCUCCAUCGACAACGGUGUUCCAGAUCGCAACAUGCGGGCACCAAAAGAGUACGAUGUUCGUGGACGACAAGGCGCCAAUCAAAUGAUGGACAAGGGCUUCGCAUGCAUUGACCUUGACCUUGACAUCGAGCCCCUAGUUGAAGGCAUGCGAAACUUGCGGGGGGAGCUUGCGCCGCUGGAACCCUCGAGCAAGAAGGAUUCCAUGCGGAGCGUUUACUUCCUCCAGUGUGCUAAGUAUCGACUCAACAUCUUUAAUCUGCUUCGCUGCAUCCUAGUCCCUCUACGCGGAACGAAUAAACUGAUGACGAAGUCGGUCACCUCAUACGAACUCUGCUCAAUGGUGUAUGGUACGGGCUUCGAGCACUUUCGCACGCUCGUCUUUCAGGACAACGAAAACGACUUCCUCGGCACCUCUGACACGGAGAUGGUCAACUGCGCUAGGAGCUCGUUCGAUUUGCUUAAUCAGACCGUGAACUAUGUCCAGGCGUCAGUAUCUACACGUAACCAGCCACCAGGUACCACGCCUAGCGGCUCGAGUGGCAUGGUCAAUCAGCCCGAGAGCAUCGUUUCCGACGAUUCGAACCAGUCGGUUGUCACCCGUGUCUCAUGGAGCUACGCACCUGAUGGGCGCAAUAGCGAGAACGCGCAAACGUGUGACCCUCUUAUACUCAAGUCCAUGAGCCACGCUAUAACAGUCAUGAUCCCCUUGAUCAUGACGAGCCCAACGAUAGUGUGCUCCGUGAGCGAGUUCAUCACCACGGCCAUUUUUACCGAGCUUCAGAACGAGCGGGAGAAGAACCCAAUAAAACCGCGCGAGGUUGGCAAAUACAUGGCCUUCUUUUGCCUCACCACGGCCGAAUAUGAUGUCGAGCAGCGCAAUCGCGGCCCGGGCGAGCCCAGGUCUCUCUCGAAAGCAUUAAUGCAGCGCAACAACUUGUUCGCCGGAAGGCAACUCGCCGACAUUGGUCGCGAGACUAGCUUUCCUUUGGAUGCAGCCAAGGCAACCUCGCAGAUGUCAGAUGACGACCAGACAACCCCGGAACGUAUUCAACGUCACCAGUUGGAGCUCGACAACUUUAGCAACACGAUGAAGCCUUGGGUACUCGAGGAAAAGGGCGUCAUGGUGCAUUGCAGGCUGUAUGUCUCGUUACUCAUGCUCCUCUGCGCCGUGCUCGUUGCCGGCGGAGUGUCCAUUGGCGUGGCUGUCGGGGAGCGAAUUACGGGCGUGGACCCCUUCAACAUCACCACGUACUGCUGGGUGCUGGCCGCCUUUGUACUGCUCGUGGCAAAAAGCGUUCGUGUUCAAAACUGGCCUUGGAAUGACUUCCUACACGGACGUGUCUUGUGCAAGAGCGUAUCGGAGCUAUCCUCGGUGACUGGCGUCGACGAGCAGCUCAUCCUUGCCAAGCUACUACAGGACGAGUCCAUCUCGGUCCUCCAGACGCGAGGCCCGUACAACACAGUGUUCAAUCGCAAGUCGGAAGACAGCUUCUCCAUUGACAGACCACUGAGCACGUGGACGAUGCUGCUGAGCGGACUGAUCAUGAUUGAGGUUGAUACCGUGCGUGGGAGAGGCCUCGUCUGUCUUGACCUCCGCAGGGGAACCAAGUAUGGGUUGGUCCAGAACAUGGGGGCUUACGAAAUCGAGGGCAAUGAGUUUAUUCGCUGCUCUCGACUGCCGAAUGAGAAGGAUAAAGAGGCGCAUGGGGACCCAAACAGAAUCCGACUCGACAAGGGAAACUUGAUUUGGUUGCGCGCUCUUGGUUUCUAUGGGAACAAACAUGCCAAGUUCAUCUAG